AUGCGGACCCGAAGUAUCGUGGCCCUGGCCGCCAUCGCCGUCUUCUGGCUGGUCGUCUUCUUCCGCCGUCACAUCCACGAGCUGGGCGAGAUCGUCGUCACAUACAGCACCUUUUACCCGCUGCUGAACAGCCACCCAGACCUCCUGUACCGACACCCCGAGAACUCGUCGUCGACGCUGCUCGAAUCGCUCGAGGACCCGACCUCGGCCUCGUCCACGCUCAACCCCGUCGUGGUGCCCAAGAUCAUCCACCAGAUCGCCCUGGGCAACGCCAGCGUCGCCAAGUACCAGGCGGCCAUCUCGUCCUGCACGGCGCUGCACCCCGACUGGAAGCACCAGCUGUGGACCGACGUCAACGCCACGGCCUUCAUCGCCGAGUUCUACCCCGACAUCCUACCGCACUACACCGGCUACGCCCAGAACAUCCAGCGCGCAAACAUCCUGCGAUAUGCCCUGCUGCACCACUCGGGCGGCAUCUACGUCGACCUCGACGUCACCUGUCGCGUCCCUCUUGACCAGACGCCCAUCGUCCGCCUGCCGUACGUCUCGCCCGGCGCGCAUCCCGCGGGAGUCAACAACGCCUUCAUCGCCACGCAGCCCGGCCAUCCGUUCCUGACGCAGCUGCUGGAGAAUGUGCCGAGCCACGACCUGCACUGGGCGCUGCCGAUGCGCAUCCCCUACGUCGAGAACAUGCUGAGCACCGGCUGCAUGUUCUACUCCAACCAGUGGAUGGCCUACGUCCGCGACUUCAACGCCGGCCGCCAGAGCACAAAGGUCCAUAUCCUGUCGGACGAGCAUGGCGACAUGGCGCCGCACAUGCUGCGAGGCAAGGUCACGACACCCAUCUUUGUGCACGGCGGCGCCAGCAGCUGGCACGGCUGGGACGCCGCGCUGUUCCUGACGAUUGGCGAGCACUACACCUUUUACCUGGGCCUCUUGUUUGUCGCCCUGACCGUCAUCUUUGGCGCCGCCUACAUCUGCACAACGUCUAGGAGAUCGUACCGCCGCAGAUGUCGCCUGUUUGGCUUUGGCGGCGUGGCCGCAGCCCGCAACAGCUGGUCACCAACAAGACAGCGAAAGCCCAGCAUCAGCCAAUCAAUGGUAUAG